AUGAGUACUAACAGGACAGAGAAUGGUCUCCUAUAAGAUUGUUAUUUUGGACCUUCAAUUGAGUAAUCUGAAGUAAAUCUGUAUAAAAAAAAUCCAUCUUCAAAAAGUUCAAUUCUCUCAGAAACAAGUUAAAAUGACAUUUAAAAAGGUAAGGAAAGCCCAAAAAAAGUUGGAAUGGCAUCAAUAAAUUAUUAAGUUUUGAAAGCUAAGUAAUAAUUUACUAAGAAAAAUUAAAACCUCUAGUCUUCCCAGAGCAAUUUUGUAAAGGGGAGUAGAAGAAAUUUAUUUGAAGGAAAGAUCUAGUAACUUGAUAGAGUAGAAAAGACAAGUAAGCAAGACACAUUUAAUUUUCUUAAAACAAUAUUAAAAUCAAGCAUGAUCAAUAAAUUUAAACAUAAUCUGCUUUCCUCAUCUUAUGUCUUACCUUAUAGUAUGAAAAAUAUACUAGGUAACGAAGGAUAUUUAUAAGAUUAAAAAGAUAAAGUAAAAUCAGCAAAUUAUGUCAUAGAGAUGUAUAAAAUAUAUUGUAAUAUAUGAGGCAGUAAAAUAAAAAAUUGCAAUUAAAGAGCAAAAAACUGAUUAAUCUUUUAAUGCCAGAUCGAAACUUCACUUUGGUUUGGGAUUUAGUUUCAUUAUUGGUGUUGUUUCUGAGUCUUUUUUUAUGCACGUUAAUUGCUUCCUUUGGCUAGCAUUUAUAUACCUUUAAACCUGCAGAAAUUAUUAUAAAUCUAUAUAUAAUUUUGGAGAUAGUAUUUUCAUUUUAUCGGCCAAUCAUAUUGAAUGGAGAAGUAGUUUUUGAAAUUUCAUAAAUAUGGAAAAAUUAUUUGUAAACUUAACUGCUGGAAGAUGUUAUCAGUUUUACUAUAUGGUUUUUAGUAUAUUUUGAUUUUGAUGAGCAAAUAUUUCUAAAUGAAAUCAUGGUAGUUUUAUAAUUUGUAAUUACGAUUAGGAAGAUAGAUCGGAAAUUCAACAUUCUGGUGGAACAAUUAUAUUUAAAAGGGUUUAAUAGUAAUCUUCUUAAUAUAGUAACUUUAGUAAUAAUUAUUUGUUUUUUUGCACAUACAAUGGCAUGUUUGUGGCAUCAUGUAGGAGAACUUACUUAAAAAUAUGGAUCUUGGUUAACUUAUUACAAUAUUAUUGAUGAGCCAUUGUGGGCCAGAUACAAUUAUUCAUUUUAUUGGGCAACAAUGACUAUGGUAACAGUAGGAUAUGGUGAUAUCACACCUAAAAAUUAAUUUGAAGUGACAUUUGCAACAAUCAUGAUGUUACUGUCAAGUUGUAUGUUUGCUUACACAAUGAAUUCUAUUGGAGUAAUUGUAAAAACAAUUUAUGAUUAAUAAACAAAAUUCAAGUAUUUAUUAAUCCAUAAUUCUAGACGGACUUUAAUAUUAAUGAAUUAGUUCAUGUCUAAGAAUGAAGUUGAUUAAUAAAUAUAAAGAAGAGUAAAAAAUUACAUCAAAUAUAAUAUUGAAAAUGACAUUCUAGAAAAUCAAGAGGAUACAACUAAAAUAAUUAAUGAUUUACCAGUAAACUUAAGAAAAUAAAUUGAAUAAGACAUUCAAUACAGAGCCAUUUUAAAAAUAAAAGUUUUCACUGACAAUUUCUCAACAUCAACUUAAAAUAAAUUGUAGAAUAUUUUAAAUGAAGUUAAGUCUACUCCUAAUGAUUUCAUUUAUCAUAGAAAUGACAAUAAGGAUAAAUUUUUGUAAAGUUUUAUAUUCAUUUAGAUAUUUCAUUAAAGAAGGGGAGGUUUAAAUUGUAGAGGAAUAAAGCUAGAAAAUUAUUAAGGUUUUAAAGGCUGGAGAGACAUUUGGAGAAUAUUAAUUUUUUACAGGCUAAAAUACUAAAGAAUCCAUUAUUAGUGUUGGAUUCACUCAAUUAUUCAAAAUAGAUAGAGACUAAUUUCUAACCAUCAUCAAAUAAAACUCUAAAGAUUUUGAAAGAUUUCAUAAGAUAAAGGACAACAUUUUUUAUUCAAAAUCAUUCUCAGCUAUUUAAAAAAAAUGUCAAUUUUGUGGCUAAUGCAAUCAUAUCCAACUUGAAUGUCCUUUCAUCACCUAUUAACCAAAUUUAUAUAUCAAAAUUCUGAAGAUGAAUUAGUCACAAAUUAAUUAUCGGUUUUAUUAAAGGAGAUCUGGUUAGAAAACAAAUUCUAUUAUUAUAUCUUCUUCAGUUUAAUAAGCCAUAAAAGAAAUUUAAGAGGACUACGCAGAUUCAUUGAAUACAGAUAAUAUGCUCAAUUAUUAAAUUUCAAAUUCUCUCAGUUACCUAUAAGAAUCUCAAUAAGGAAUAGAUCAAAUAUAGUUAUCAAACAAAUCGCUUUCGAAGCCAGAAUAAAAUAAAAAUAUGCCUUCAGAUUGUAGAAGGGAGUCUCUUUUCCCUAAAAAAAUUGAAAGUGAAAAACAAAACAAAUCAUAAAUAUUUUCAAAGAAAAAACCCUCUUUAAUAGAGAAUGAUAAAAGGAAAACAUUAGUUAAAGAAACAUUGAUAUUUUAAUAGUUAGAUCAAUUUCGAGGGUACAUUCAUAACUCUGAAUUAGAAGGAUUUGAUAAAAUUCAUAAUUACAUCGAAUAUCUUCCUCACAACAAUUUCAAUAAUGUAAUCAAGCAACUCUAUAAAGAAAAAUAUAAAUAUAGAAACACAAAAUAGCUUCGAAGGGAAUUUAGUAGAAGAGAUUAUUGA